AACAUCGGAUGCUCUCCACUCCAGUGACCUGGAUGUGAUAUCACCAUCAGGCCGAAUCUUCUGUAUUGUUGACAGCUCAAUAAUAUGACAUAAACCGAAGAUGACUGUCAACGAGGAGACUGUCUGGGGUAGAAACGAGGCAUAUGUCCGUUUUUAAAAAAAUAAAUAAAAGCCAACUAUGUCCUGCACAAUAGACAGCUUUGACCGGGCACAUUGUCGGCUGUAGCUGGUUGUAGUGGAGGCGGAUCCCAGGUGCGGAGAGCAGAUCGAUGUUAUCGGCUCGGUGGCCGUCGUUAGCUCCUAGCUAGCUGUCAGAUAUCAACGAGUGACUAACCAUGUUUUGAAGUAUGGCACUAUUUCGAACGUAUUAACGUUACCGCAUGUGAAGUCGUUUUUGACAUAACCAGACGAAUAGCUGCUAACCAUCGCUGCGGUGUUAUCAGGGAGGCUAACUCCUCAGUUCAGCCCAAAAGCACGGGCUUCUCCCCUAACAUCCAGUUCUUCUGUUUCGGGAAGCGGUUCCUUCGACAUCUUUGUGAGGAUCCAGCGGACACAGCGAUGGCACUAGAGGCGUUCCCUCUCCAUCUCCUGGUCUGGAACAACCAGUAUCUGGAACUGGACCGAGAGCUUCAGAAAAAUGAGAAGGAUGUGGAGCGCUUGGAUCCUCGAGGGCGCACCCCGCUGGAGCUGGCGGUGUGUCUGGGCCACCUCGAGUCAGCCCGGGUCCUGCUGAGGUACACAGCCGACCCCACACACUGCAACGCACAAAGCUGGACCAUUCUGCAGGAGGCUGUGAGCACCGGCGACCCAGAGCUGGUUCAGCUGGUUCUUCAGUACAGAGACUUCAAACGGGCCACAGAGAGACUGGCCGGCAUCCCGGAGCUGCUCAGCAAACUGAGACAGGCCCGGGACUUCUAUGUGGAGAUGAAGUGGGAGUUCACCAGUUGGGUGCCUCUGGUGUCCAAGGUGUGUCCCAGCGACGUGUACCGCGUGUGGAAGAGCGGCUCGUGUCUGCGCGUUGACACCACCCUGCUGGGCUUCGAGCACAUGACAUGGCUCAAAGGCCGCCGAAGCUACAUCUUCAAGGGCGGAGACGACGGGGCGGUGGUGAUGGAGGUGGACCACGAGAAGCAGGUGGUGUACACGGAGCCGCUGGUGCUGUCCCCGCGAGACGCGCCCUCCCUGCUAGCCGCCAUGCAGCCGUCGCAGGAGAACACGGCGCAGAGGCUGACCGCCCCUAUCGUCUCCACGCACCUCAACACCCGCAACGUGGCUUUCGAGAGGAACAAGUCGGGGAUCUGGGGCUGGCGCUCAGAGAAGAGCGAGGUGGUCAGCGGCUACGAGGCCAAGGUGUACAGUGCCACCAACGUGGAGCUGGUGACACGCUCGCGGACGGAGCACCUGUCUGACCAGGACAAGUCCAAGAGUAAAGGGUCCAAGACCCCCCUGCAGUCCUUCCUGGGGAUCGCUGAACAGCACACAGCGCACAACGGGGGUAACGUGUCGCAGUGUGCCAGCCCCCACAACCCUACGGCCAUCUCGGCGGAGGAGUACUUCGACUCAGAGUUCGCCCUGAACGGCCGCGACAUCGGCCGCCCCGUGGAGCUCACCAGCAAAGUCCAGAGGUUCAAGGCCACCCUGUGGCUGAGCGAGGCCCACCCCCUGUCGCUGGCCGAGCAGGUGACGCCCAUCAUCGACCUCAUGGCCAUCUCCAAUGCCCACUUCGCCAAGCUGAGGGACUUCAUCACCCUGAGGCUACCCCCCGGCUUCCCCGUCAAGAUUGAGAUCCCGCUGUUCCAUGUGCUCAACGCCCGGGUGACCUUCAGUAACCUCUGCGGCUGCGACGAGCCGGUCCACAACAUCACGGUGACCCCCCCCGAGGAGGGGGCAGCCGAGGCCGGGGAGCCCGACGGGGGGGUCAGCUGUGAGGUGGACCCGUCGGUGUUCGAGCCCCCGGCCGACUACGCCACACUGGGCCCCGGCCGCAGCGAGCCCAUGCGCGACGACGACGACAACCUGCUGCAGUUCGCCAUUCAGCAGAGCCUCCUGGACGCCGGCACGGAGAGCGACCAGGUGACCAUCUGGGAGGCCUUGACAAACACCCGCCCGGUGCCCCCAUCUCCCCUUUAUGAGGAUGACUGUCAGCUGGAGAGGGCGAUCCAGGAGUCCCUCUCCAUCGCACUGCCGGGGGCGGAGCCGGGUGGGGCGGCCGAUGACCAUAGCCUGUCCUCCUCCUCGGCCUCGCCCGCCGACCUGGCCGCUGUGGCCCCGCCCUCCUACAGCACGUUGGCCCCGCCCUGUCAGGCCACGCCCCAGCCGCCCCCCGCCGGGCUACCCCUCCACAGCUUCGAGGAGCAGCUGAGGAUCGCCAUGGAGCUGUCAUGCCGCGAGCAGGUGGAGAUCGACAGGAGGUUCAAGGAGGAGGACGAGGAGUUGGAGCGGAUCCUUCAGCUCUCGCUCACGGAGAAGUGACCCGGCUCAGUUAGUCCCCAAGAUUUUGGAGGCCCUGUUUUAGUUUUUUAUUCGGAUACGUUAAUAUAUUAUGAUUAAUUCCAUAAUUGAUCUUGCAUAAAGGCUGCUAGUAGGUAGUGUUUGUGUCCAGAACAAGCCGUGAUGACGGGUAUGUGAGUGAGCGGAGGAGUAUAAAACACUAGUGUUGACGGUGGAUAAGGGAAGGAAAGUUUGACUUUAGAUUUCUUGUCUUUCUUUUCAUAUUUUGCACAACAAUCCCGCUUUCCUUAUUGAGUGGUAAACAAUCCCUUAAACAUAUUAUAUAUGAACUAUCAAUGGUAAUGAUACAAACGGAAAACAAAGUUAUGAUGUAAUAACUGAUUUAAGAAUAUAAUAUAAAAAUACAUAUGUUUGCUGCUUUCUGUGUGAAAGAAAUAUUAAAUAAUUAUGAUGCCAAAUUC